AUGCAGAAUUUAACUCUCUUCCGUACUUACGUUUUGUUGUCCAUUAACAACUUAGUUGUAUUUGAUACGGGUUUUAACACUUUUUCGGAUUCAAGGAGGUUCAUGAAAACGAGACUAGUACACAAUUCAAGACUAAAAAGACGAAAUCAUAAAAUAAACACAGUUGCAGCAAUGGGAGCCUUAGUUUCACUGCCUGUGACCCUUGGUGGCUCGUUUAUUGCCUCAGGUUUAGGUGCAUGUUGCUCAAAUAUCUGUUCGAAGACAGUGGCUUCAUUGGGAACUUCGUCAAUGGGAACUCGACUGUUAUACGCAAUGGGCUUGCUGCUCAAUUCAUUAGUAUCCUGGGUAUCGAUGUCGACUAAUAAGUCCUUUUUGUGGCCUGGUGAGACCUGCGCCAGCACCGGAGAGUGUGGUUUCUUCACGGUUCAUAGACUAAACUUUGCAUUGGGACUAAUGCAUUUAACGCUUGCUGCUGUCUUGUAUGGCGUGAAAUCGACCAAAGACGCUCGAUCUAACCUGCAAAAUUCAUGGUGGAGUUUGAAGCUAUUCCUAUACCUCGGCUUAGUCAUUCUCUCCUUCGCGCUUCCAAAUUCCUUCUUUGUCAACUUUUCUAAGUGGGUAUCUGUGCCUGCUGGCGCCAUUUUCAUUAUUGUGGGACUGAUAUUACUAGUAGAUUUUGCUCAUGAAUGGGCAGAAACCUGUAUUUUUCAUGUUGAAAGUGAUGAUGAAAGCUCUCCCUUCUGGAGAAAGCUUCUUAUAAUUGGGACGAGCGCGAUGUAUGCUGCUUCUCUAGCUAUGAUCAUUGCCAUGUAUGUGAUAUUCUGCCGCCAAAACUGUUCUAUGAACCAGACGGCUGUUACCAUAAAUUGCAUUUUUAUUGUAUUGGUAACGGGGCUAUCUAUCCAUCCAAGAAUUCAAGAAUCGAAUCCAAAGUGUGGUCUAGCACAAAGUAGUAUGGUAGCUGUUUAUUGCACAUAUUUGAUAAUGAGUGCAAUGACAUCAGAACCUGAUGACAAAAAAUGUAAUCCUCUGACUAGAUCAAGCGGAACACGUAAUGCGAGUGUUGUGUUAGGGUCACUUUUUACAUUUGCAGCUAUCGCUUAUACGACAACCAGAGCUGCCGCGAAUACUGCCUUGCAGGGUACAAACGGAAACGGAUCAAUAUAUCUGGAUGAAGAUGUCGAGUACGCUGGAAUGGGGAGACAGACACGAAAUCAGUUACGUUACGAAGCGAUUAGACAGGCAGUUGAGGAAGGUUCAUUACCAGAAAGUGCCUUAUACGAUACAUCAUGGUUGGGGAGAUCGUCACCAAGUAUGAACGAUAAUGAAAAUGACGAUAAUGCGAAUGAUGACGAAAUAAUUGAAACAAAAUACAAUUAUUCUCUAUUUCAUAUCAUAUUCUUUAUGGCGACACAAUGGAUUGCAAUUCUGCUGACAAUAAAUGUUACUCAAGAUGAUGUCGGUAAUUUCAUUCCAGUCGGCAGAACAUACUUUUACUCAUGGGUUAAAAUUGGCAGUUCCUGGUUAUGUUACUGCUUAUACUGUUGGACAAUACUUGCUCCCGUCCUAAUGCCAGAACGAUUUGAAUUUGAUAAUUAUUAUUAG